UCAGGGCCGCGCGCCCAGCGCCCCCAGCGCCCCCGUGUGGCCGGCGCCGGCGAAUCUGUCAUGGUGCCGCCGCCGUUGUCUCCUCCGCUCUGCACGCUGCCGCCGGGCCCUGGCCCACCCCGCUUCGUGUGCUACUGCGAGCAGGAGGAGAGUGGGGACGCGGACCGCGGCUGCUUCAACCUCUAUGUCACCGACGCCACGGAGCUCUGGAGCACCAGCUUCUCGCCGGACAGCCUGGCCGUCCUCAAAGCCCGCUUUGGUCUUAGUGCAGCUGAGGACAUCGUCUCCCGGUUCAGGGCAGCCUGCCAUCAGCAAGGGGUGACUCUAAGCUUUCAGGAGGAUAGAGCAUCCCUGACGCUUUCAGGGGGGCCAUCAAUGCUGGCCUUCGACCUAUUCAAGGUGCCCAGUGCAGAGGCAGCCCCCAGGUUGCAGGCGCUGACCCUGGGCCUGGCAGAGCGUGUGUGCAGCCUGGAGCAGCAACUGGCAGCUGUGGAAAAGACAGCUGCCAGCCCCAAGAAGAGCCCCUGGCCAGCAGAAUCUCAGCUUUUCUUACCAGAUCCUGAUCUCCACAAAGGUGGCCUUGGACCUGGGGUCAGGAAACGAUGUCCAGGGGAGUCCCUCAUCAACCCUGGCUUCAAAAGAAACCAGCUGGUGGUGUAGACUUUGAUGAGAACUGAAGCGCAGCAAAACCCGUGGCCUGGUCAGGAGCCCGUUGGUGAGCGGAGCAGCAGCCUGAGGCCCCCACCAGAGACCCUGCCUCCACUUCCACCUACAGGGACCCAUCUGCUGUGGGCAGGAGGAGGGCUGCUGCCCAAGUCCCUGCCCUAUAAAAUAAAGGGCUCCCUUAGGUGAAGGCUCUGAUUCUUGG